AUGGCGAGCAAGCGCACUUUAGGAAUAGAUUUGAUUGAAAAUCCGUUUAUAAAGAAGAAGAAUUUGGAGUGGACAAUCGACCUGCCAGGGCAGGUCGAGUACACAGUACCGGCAGACCAGGUCAACAAAGGAAGAGAGCAAGCAGAGAAGGAAUCUGCGACACGAGUCCAGGUACGGCCAACUCAACCUGCCACUGCAGAUGUUGAAGCAGGCAAUGCCCAGGUGGAAGACCACCUGGCAUACUUCAGCGGGAUACUUGAACGGGCGACGUUGUCGCCGUAUCCAGACCAGAGUCCCCAUCUGCCAGUCGCCAACUACCAGCACCUGUACAACAGCAACUCUGGCAAUGCCAAGGGCAGCCACUUCAUCAUUCACCAACAUGACCACCCCGUGGCUGGCACACACUACGACUUGAGGCUGCAGAUAAACGAGACGAGCAGUGCGUCAUGGGCAAUCAUGUACGGUCUGCCUGGGGAUCCGAAUAGCGUGCGGCUGAACAGGAAUGCCACCGAGACCCGGAUACACUGUCUCUGGAACCACUUGAUAGAGACGGCCUCGGUACACACAGGCUCCCUCCUCAUCUGGGACACCGGGACAUACUCAAUCCUGCCUCGCCGCAGCAAGUACGCGCCAGCCAUUGACCCGGACUCUGAGCGUUCCUCGUCAUCCUCGGAGUGCUCACCCGCCAGCGGCGAUGAGCAUGCAGGCGGCACUAGGACCAGCCGCCGCCGCCGUGUCCUGACGGAACAGGAAAAGCUCCACAGAGCAUUCGCGAACCGCAAGAUCCGCCUGCAGCUGCACGGCACCCGCCUUCCCGAGAACUACGUUCUGAACCUGAGGCUCACGCGCAGCGAGGAUGCCGCGGGCCGGCAGCGCAGCCGGAGAAGCGCGGGCAAGGCACCAAGGAAACGGCGCCGCAGAGGGCUGCCCACAGCUUCGGAAGACAAGAAAGUUCCGAUCAUGACCAGCUCGGACGAAGAGGAGGAGGGAGAGGAAGAUGGCAAACACAGUGGGAAGCAGGAAGACAAAGACGAGGGCGAGGAAGACGUGGACGCGCCUAUCGUACAAGCGGAUCAGCACCAGGGAAUAUCCGCGCUCGAGAAGGAGCUGCGGGAGCUCGAGGAUGAGGACGUGCGCCGCACCAACGCCUACACGGGCGCACAGAAUUCGAUUGGCAGUGUGCACCAGCGGCGCUGGUACUUGUCGCUGGACAGGGAGGCUUGUGGGUUCACCAGACGGUAUAGAGGCCGCCAUGAGGGUCCUGGAAAGAAUGGCAAGAAAGUGGAAUGGGUGAGGAAGGAGACGCGUGACAAAGGAGUGGAGGCAGAAACGCAUGGGCAUCAGGAUGAGCGAGACGACGGUCGCGAUGGCAGACUCGAUUAUCCUUUCUAUGUACGAGGCGUGGAUGUCGAAAGGAGUGUGGUCACCGGGAGACGGGGGGCGGAUAUUCUCCGCGACGAGGGAGUUGUGGAAUAUGUUAAUCGGCAGGGGUGGCGGCCAGCUUUGAAUUAA